AUGCUGGUUUGUUUUGCAAAAGUCGCACAUAUUUCGUCACUUAUAAUAUCUGCUUCACGUCGAUUGUCAACAGCGAUGCCUCGGAACAAACGUGCAGGCAGAAAGAAACGACAGCCCCAGAAUCAAGGUCGAGGCAGUUAUGAUCUAUCUGUCCGCAGGAAUGAAUUGUUUGAGAAAUUUUAUUCAGGUGUCGGAAUGGUGCCUGAAGGGGAAUGGGAUAGCUUCCUCAAGACUCUUCAGGAACCCCUGCCUGUCACAUUUAGGAUCACCGGCUUCAAAGGACAAUCCAGAGAGUUAAUGAAAAUAGUAAAAGGGGAAUAUCUGAAUGACUUAAUGAAAUCUAGCGAGAAUGAUGAUGAAGAACAUGAGAAGUUGGUGCCCAAGAAUCUCACAUGGUAUCCUGAUGAAUUAGGCUGGCAAAUUAACCUGUCCAAGAAGGAAGUCAGACAUGUUGCCCGCCUUGAAAAACUUAAAAAAUUCCUGGUGUAUGAGACAGAGAGUGGAAACAUCAGUCGUCAGGAAGCUGUAUCAAUGAUCCCUCCCUUGGUUAUGGACAUCAAGCCUCACCAUAAGGUGCUUGAUAUGUGUGCAGCUCCAGGCUCUAAAACCUCACAGUUGAUUGAAUAUCUCCAUUCUGGUGAUGCAACUGUAGAACCAGAGGGGUUUGUUAUUGCUAAUGAUGUAGACAACAAGCGAUGUUACUUGAUGGUACAUCAAGUGAAACGUCUACAGAGUCCUUGCUGUGCUAUCAUAAACCACGAUGCCACAAGUCUGCCCAAACUCAGAUGUGGGGAUGGUGCCCAGGACUUUGUCAUGUUUGAUCGUGUCCUCUGUGAUGUGCCUUGCAGUGGUGACGGAACUAUGAGGAAGAAUUGUGAUAUCUGGGACAAAUGGAGCAUGAAUCAAGCUAUAAAUUUGCACAGACAACAGGCAAAGAUCCUGAGACGAGGCCUUGAACUGUUAGCUGUCGGCGGUCGACUUGUAUACUCAACAUGUUCCUUUAACCCAUUGGAGGAUGAGGCUGUUAUAGCAACAAUGUUGGAUCAGUGUAAAGGUAGUGUUGAGUUGUUGGAUGUCAGUGACGAAUUACCUGGACUAAAGUAUGUACAUGGUCUCACAUCUUGGAAGCUGUUCUUUGGCGGCCUAGACAAGGGUCAAUGGUAUGAAAAUUACCAAGCUGCAAAGGACAAUAACGUUAACAACAUGAACCCCACCUUCUUCUGUCCACCUGAGGAGGUCGCCAAGGAUAUGCAUCUAGAUCGCUGUGUCCGUGUUCUUCCACACCACCAGGAUACAGGGGGAUUCUUUAUAGCUGUACUCACAAAGAAACAUCACCUUCCUUGGCAGACACCCCCAAAGGCAACAGAACCUUCAAGUGAGGAAAGUAAGGAUCAGGCUGUUGGAGGGCCAUGUGAGGAACAGACCAGUACUGCAAUGGAAACUUCAUCACAGAGAACAGAAAAUGGCACAGAUAUCAAUACUGCAGAAAAUGCUGAGACAGGAAAAAGAGGCACAGGAGAUAUAACUCCUGUUACAGAGACACAUGGAGAGAAAAGAAAAGCUGAAAAUCAGCACCCAAAUGAUAGGGCAUUUGCUGGAAAGCACAACAAGCGUAUGCAAGGAUAUAAAGAAGAUCCAUUCCUGUUCCUGACAAAUGAUGACCCAUUGUUUACGCCUAUAAGAGAAUUUUACAAUGUGGGUGAGAAGUUAUCAACAGACCAGAUUUUGUAUCGCACUGACUCGGGAAGGAUUCGGUCACUUUAUUAUGUGUCAAAAUCUAUACGUAAUUUACUCAAGAGAAAUUGCGGCAGAGUGAAGUUUAUAAACACUGGUGUGAAAGCUUUUGGACGAAGUCCAUCUCCCUUAGUAACAGAAUGUGACUUCAGGCUGAACCAAGAGGGUCUUGGAGCCUUGCACAAUAUGAUAUUGGGACGGACACUCCACUUCGGACGAGAAGAUAUGCUUACUUUACUGUCACAGGACAACCCUUACUUUGAGCGUUUUACAGAGGAUGCAAGGGAGCAGUUUAGAAAGAUCAAACCAGGAAGUGCCAUUUUCAAGUACUGCCCUACAAACAGUGAUGCAGAACCAGCCUGUGAUAUUAUUGUGUGCGGAUGGAAAGGAAAGACUUCUACACGGCCAUUUGUUGGCAAGCAUGAACGAACCCACUACCUCAGGCUGUUUGGGCUUGAAUUAGAGGAACUAGUGAAAGAACAUGAAGAAGAAAGAGAGCGUCGAAAAAUGGCAGAAUCUGUGAUUAGCGAUCUGAAGGAGGACAUUGAUGAUUCUAGUGAUGCAGAGGAAACCAACUGCGACGGAGGAAACACAGGCACAGAAAACGCAAAAGAAAACAAUGAAAUGGACUGUGAUGUUAAAGUGGAAGAUAACGAUGUCAAGGAGGAAGUGGAUAUCGCAGGAAAUGGUGGAGACUGACCAUCAUCAACAUUGUCAUACUAAAACAUUUGAAUGGUCUCAGUCUGCCUCCUUAUUAGCAUGUAUGUAGACCUAUCCAUCACUAAGAAAGUCUUACGACAAUCAAACAUGCCUCCAAAUUUCUGGAUGUUUUAACGAAACAAAAGAUGAUACAUUGGUGAUAGAGAUUUUAAGAUGUGGCAGCCUCUGUUAUGUGCUGUUCUUUCUGUCUAGAACAGACACAAACUAGUAAUUUGUCUGGAUCGUAGAUAGUUUACAUGGUACAAGACAUUUUAAUCAAGGUUGUAUAUGAGAAGCAAUUACAAAAAGGGUAAAAAUAUCAGUGACAUCACGAUGAAACAAUGACGAUCAAAAGGAAAAAAUCAGACAUAAACAGACAACAAAUAGCUACAAUAGAUACAGGUGAUGCUGUGUACAAAACGAUAAGUGUAAAACACAUAGGUAAGACCUUUUACAGAAUAUCAGGCCAUCAAAUGUAAAUCUCUAUUUUACAUACUGUGUGUGUGUGAUAAGCUGUUUUUACUUUGCUGUGUAAUUUUGUGAUCAAAACAAAUUGAAAUUAGUAACCAUGAAUUAAGAUAAAAGAUACACUAAGAUUAUAUUGAUAUUAUAUUGAAUGUGAUGUCUGUUUUGUGAAUGGUUAUGAAUACAAAAUUUGGAAAUUGCAGAACUAGUAGCAUUGAGAGAAAUCUGGUUUAUAGUAUUUGCUAACACAAAGUUCGGAAAUUGGCCAAAUAUAAGCACUGGAUCAGAUGUAAUUCAAAGGAGUAAAACUGGAACAGAAACACAGAAAAAAAAAGUGAAAACAUAUUGGAAGAACUAGAUAGCAUUAAAAGAACUAGAACCAAUUAUAAAACAGGCACAGUAGGUAAUAGUGAUAACAUAGGAUAACAAAAUCUAGUUUGAACACCAGGAACACCUACAGAUUGUGACAUUCUCUGUGUCUUAUCAGUAAUGAAAAAGCAAGAAAAGAAUUGGUAGAGGUCAAUUCUAAGGCCUAAGACCAAAAUCUGAAUUAGAAUUUUCCUCAUUCGCCUUCUAGGUUUUAACAUAUAGACCGUUAGCAUCACUGACGAAUCCUAGAGGGACAAGACAGCUGUAUUUUAAUUCUAAAUUUGUAUUUAAAGACGCUAUUCACUUGUGUCUUUUUUACAGAGUCUCAUACUCUUUGUUGUAAAACUUGAGAGGUUAUUGUAUAUAUUAGGUCUAUACAGAUAACUUAGUGUACAAGACAGAUCUGUUACCAUCAGUCUAUAUUUUGAUAAAGCUUUAGAAGUAGAAAUUGUAAAAUGAAUUCCAGGCUAACAGCAUUGGUACAGCUUAGGAAUCAGAGGAUGGUCUCCAGAUGUUGCUGCUCUGUAUUUUAUGAUGAAUUCAGUAAAACAGUGCAAUAGAA